AUGGCUAUGGCUCGAGCUCUUGAGCCAAUGCCCAUUGCUUGUAAGCCAACGCACAUACUUCACUUCCAUCGAAUCGCAUCAUAUCUUUGCGUUUGGAUGGGUGCCAUGGGGCGAUCUGUCAGUUUCUUCGUAUACUCCGUACAAUAUCGUAGCAUUUCAACAUCAUACGUCGGGCAUUGA